AUGGUCAUAUGGAGGGAUUGUCUCGCCUGUCCUGGAGGGCCAAGAUCCCCCUGUAGUAACCAUGGACAGUGUGAUGAGGAUCACCUAGGCAACGGCACCUGCACAUGUUUUCCUGGGUACCAGGGAGUGGCCUGUGCAUUAUGCAUAGAUGGCCACUUUGGACCAGAGUGCAAAGCCUGUAACUGUUCUGAACAUGGAUCAUGUGAUGAGAGUCCAGACAGCACAGGUUCCUGCUUCUGUGAUGAGGGCUGGUCUGGUCCACAGUGUGAACACAAGCUGGGUACGGCACACACCCACCACAUCUCCACAUUGUUUGUACAGCAUGGGGGAUGUGAAUGUUCCUUGUAUCUGUGCCCCGGGUUCUGGAAUGGAGGCUGCUCGAAGAAUGCCAAAUGCUCCCAGAAGGACGAGAAGGUGAACUGCACCUGCUUGACAGGCUACUCUGGAGACGGCCAUGUCUGCUUAAUGGUGGACCCCUGUGUUACGGAUGAUAACGGAGGCUGUCACGAGCAUGCCAUCUGUACAAUGACUGGAGCAAAUAAGAAGAAGUGUGAGUGUAAGCCUAACUACAUUGGUGAUGGUCUGGAGUGUGAGCUGAAGGUGCUUCCAGUGAAUCGCUGCAUGCAGGAUAACGGCCAGUGUCACUCUGACGCUCAGUGCACUGACCUGCACUACCAGGAUAAGACCGUUGGGGUCUUCCACUACCGUUCUCCACUGGGAGUGUACAAACUCAACUACACACAGGCCCAGGAGGCCUGCAAGCAAGAGGGAGGCACUAUUGCUACAUACACACAACUGUCCUACGCUCAGCAGGCUGGGUACAGUCUGUGUUCUGCCGGAUGGCUCGAGCAGGAGCGCGUGGCCUAUCCCAUGAGCUAUUCCCACCUCAAAUGUGGCUUUGGUCACGUGGGCAUCGUGGACUACGGCAAACAAACUGACCUGAGCAGGACCUGGGACACGUUCUGCUACUGGCCAAAGGAUGUGAAAUGUGAGUGUAAGAUGGGCUACAUUGGUGAUGGAUACACUUGCACUGGAAACCUGCUACAGGUUCUCUCCUCCAAGCCCAACUUUUCCAACUUUCUGUCACAAAUCUUGAAUUGCUCCAGAACUUCAGCAUCAGGUCAAGAGUUUGUGAGGCGUCUCAGCAACAUAACCACCCAGUCCACCCUGUUUGUGCCUGACAAUGACGGUCUCUAUGAGAACGAGACGCUGUCCUACAGGGAUUUAGAGCACCACCUGCUGGAUGGGAGAGCUCUGGUGCUGCAAGCUCUCAUUAACGUCAGCCAUGUUCGAACACAUCUGGGACAUACACUCAGUGUGAAAGGGGUUCCUAGCCUGCAGAGCCCCCAGACACUGGCUUCCUCUGGAUAUGUCAAUGACCAUUACAUUAUCGAAUCCGACAUUUUUGCAUCCAAUGGGAUCAUCCAUGUGCUGCAUGGACCACUGAAAGCUCCACCCCCUCCGGCCCCUUCCCUCCACCCCGCCCACAAGGCAGGGAUGGGCAUCGGUGUUCUGUUACUCGUCAUCCUUAUCGUGGCUGGAGCAUUUGUGGCCUACCAUUUCUACAUUCAGCAAUCCAAGCCUUUCCAGUUCCACUACUUCAAGGAAGAUGAGAAUGAAGACAGCAGCCCUUCUGGAUCAGCCCCGUACAUCUCCAACCCCACGUAUGAGUCCACACCUGCCCCCACUGACCCCCACCUCCCAGCAGAUGAGAAGGAUGACGAGCAGCAGGUGGUUGCCAGUGGCUCUUAUGAUCUUCUGCAGGAUAGCUGA